AUGAAUCUAUUUACAAAAGCUAGAAAUAGUUUAUUUGGUGCAAGUCAACCAAAAAAUCCUCAUUCACUUGAAAAUCUUAAAUAUUUAUAUGGUGUUUUACAACGAAAUCCAACUAUAUCGGAUGCUAAUCGUGAUUUAUUAACUGAAACACUUCGAAGUAUUUCAGAAAUUCUUAUAUGGGGUGAUCAACAUGAUAGUUCUGUAUUUGAUUAUUUUCUUGAACGAGGAAUGUUAAUCUAUUUUCUUACUUAUAUGCGUCAAAAAAAUGGACGUUUUAUAUGUGUACAAAUAUUACAAACACUUAAUAUACUUUUUGAAAAUAUUCGUAAUGAAACAUCAUUAUAUUAUUUAUUAUCAAAUAAUCAUGUAAAUAAUAUUAUUAUACAUAAAUUUGAUUUUAGUGAUGAAGAAAUAACUGCAUAUUAUAUAUCAUUUCUUAAAACACUUUCAUUAAAAUUAAAUAAACAUUCAAUUAAUUUUUUUUAUAAUGAAAAAAAUAAUGAUUUUCCAUUAUAUGUUGAAGCAAUUAAAUUUUUUAAUCAUCCAGAAACAAUGGUUCGUAUUGCUGUACGAACAUUAACACUUAAUGUUUAUAAAGUACCUGAUGCAACUAUGCAUCGUUUUAUAUUGGAUUGUACAGCAACAGAAUAUUUUUCUAAUCUUGUCUGGUUUAUUCGAAAUCAUGUUUUAGAUUUUGAUAAUUUAAUCAGAAAUAAUCGAGAUAUUAAUAAUCGUGGUCAAUUAAUUAGUAGUUUAGAAGAGUAUUUGGAUCAUAUACAUUAUCUUCAAGAUAUUUUUUUACUUAAUGUUGAUAGUUUAAAUAAUGUACUUAAAGAUCAAUUAAUGAAUCGAUUAUUAAUACCAGUUUAUAUAUUUUCAUUAAUUAAACGUGAUAAAUUUUCUCGAGUUAAAACUAUUCCUCAAAGAAAAGAUCGUCGAUUUCUUGUUAUUGAUCAAAUGCAAUUUAUUCUUAUUGAACCUGACAUUAAAAAAGUUGGUUGGGGUAUUGUUAAAUUUUGUGAUCUAAUGCAAGAUGUUGAAGUAGCAAAUGAUAAAGAAGAUAGUCGUUCUUUACAUAUAACAAUUCAUAAACCAGUCAAUAAUAUCUAUGUUAAAACAAGUCCACCUAUAUUAAAUGCAAAAUUUACAUUUGAUGAUCAUAUUCGUUGUAUGACAGCUAAACAAAAUUUAAUUAAAGGUCGUCAAAGGUAUAUAUAUAUAUAUAUUAAUCGUUUGAAAACAAUAAUUAUCUAUUUUUAUUUUUAA